GCCAACUGCCCAACCGCCACUUCUUUCCCUUUCCGCGUGACCAGCCACCGCCCGACUCCCACCCACCCACCUUCCGCCUGCCGCUGCCAUGGCCGACGCCGAUGACCCCGCCGCCUUCUCCGACUCCGCCGGUGGUGCCCUGACCCACCUCGCCGCGGCCGCCUCCGCGGCACCUAUCCCAAACGCGGCCGCGUCCACAUCCACGCCGCCGCCGCGGCAGCUGCCUCCGCGCCAAUUCGCCCCACCCCGGCCGGUCGCUGUCGCUCCGGAGGCCGCAAAGAAGGGGUCCGCCAAGCCUCGCGGUGAAGGCGUCAAGCGGCCGGCGGCGCGGGGCCGCAACCCGGCGGGGAACCAAGGUCGGCCGGCAAAAAUGUCCAAGCCCGACGCGGUUUCGGCAGUCGAUUUGUAGCUGCCGGCGACCAUGGCGUCCUCAUCCGGCCACGGUGCUCCCCAUCCACCUCGUCGCCGCCGCCGGCCAUGGAGGAAGAUGUGUCCACGCCGACGGCUACCGCAUCCAAUGUGUUCGAUGAUAUGUGCAAAGUCUCGAUGAUGAAGCUUUCAUGCGUGCCACAAAUGUGACAAAUGAUGAUUACUCACAUGAUGAGUAUGCAUCACAAGAAUAUGAAACUCCACAAUAUGGUGAUGACAAUCUUGACAUGGAUAAUGAGGGCUUCAUUUUGAAGGGAAGAACCGCAAAUUAUACCACCAAAGAAGAUGUGUUGAUUUGCACCGCUUGGAAGAAUGUCUCUCAAGAUGCAAACGUUGGGACCGACCAAUCCGCCGUCACAUAUUGGCAACGCAUCAAGGAAUUCACACUAGGGGCCAUUAUCGCUCAAGUGACUCCAUUCGCCAACGUUGGGGCACCAUCAACGCCGAAUGUCAAAAGUGGGCGGGUUGCUUGGCAAAUGUUGAUCGCAUGAACCCAAAUGGUUGCGGUGAAAGUGACUUGAAAACGAUUGCGCAAUGAUUGUUUCGAGAGAGGAACAACAAAGGAGAGAAGAGGAAGAAGAAAGGAAAAGCUUCCACUUUCCAUCAUUGCUACAAAGAGGUCAAGGAUGAGGAGAAGUGGAAAACUAGAGGGGUUUUUGAUGCUUCGAAGAAGAAAAGUGUGGUGGUGGAGGAUGAUGAAGAUGCCCCGGGUGAGGAGAGAAGGAGCCCCACUCCUCACUCGGCAACCAAAUCAUAUAGGCUCGAUGGAACUAAGAAAGUGUUGAAGGGGUUAAAGCCCGGAUACAAUGAUCUCGAGGAUGGAUUUAAUGCCAUUGUCAUGGCGAGGAAAGAGUAUGAGGAAGAAAAAAAAUGUUGAAGCUCAAAGAAAUUGAGGAGAGGAAUGAGGCCGAGCGACGUAGGGCGGCGGCCGAGGAGAAGAGGGCGGCGGCCGAAGAGAGGUUGGCGGCGGCCAAGGAGAAAAAAGUUGAGCUUGAGGAGAGAAAGUCGGCGGCCGAGGAGAUGAAGAUAGUGGAGAAGAAGGCACUCAAGUUUAUGUUCAUGGACACAUCCACCCUUGAUGUCAAGGCAAAGGCGUAUGUCGAACUUUUCCGCGAUGAAAUGCUCAUGAGAAGCAUGAUGGGAGGUGGAAUGGGAGGUUCCAUGGGAGGUGCCAUGGGAGGACGAAUGGGAGGGUACAUGAACAUGAUGGGUGGUGCCAUGAAUGGUGCAUUUGGUGGAAACAUGGGAGGUGGCUUUGGUGGCAACAUGGAUGGUGGCUUCGGAGGAAUGGGAGGCGGAAUGGGAAGUGGCUUCGGCGGCAAUAUGACCGGCAUGGGAGGUGGCUUCGGCGAUAGCAUGAUGAGUGGCAUGGGAGGUAGCUUCGGUGGCAACAUGAUGAGUGUCAUGGGAGGUGGCUUCGGUGGCAACAUGAUGAGUGGCAUGGGAGGUGGCUUCAGUGGCAACAUGAACGGCACGGGAGAUGGCAAUGAAGGUGCUUCUGGUGGAGUUCACGACAACGAGACUUCAAUGCAAGAAAACGUCGAGAAAGAAGCCGUUGAAACUAUGAUCGAUGAUGCACUUUUGUUGCUACAAUUAUGAAAAUUUGAUGUGCAAAUGCGGCCGGCCGCAGAUGAACAGCUGCCGCGCGGCGGCCGGCCGGUUUUGCAUCUCCAGUUUACAUUACGUAUUGGAGUUGCGCAUUUACAUCAUCGUUUUACAUCAUCUGUUGGAGUUGGG